AUGAGUAAAUCAUUCAAACGUGAGGUUAGUGGCGGUAGAAAAAGAAAACGAAGUAAUGAGGAUGAAAUCAAUGAGCAGAGAGUUUAUUAUGAAUGGAGAGAUGAACUGGAUAACUCUGAUAGUGAGGAAAUAAUUACUAGAAAAAAUGACCAGGAGAUAGAAGAAGAACGAAAGAAAAAGCAAAAGAUUAAAGAAAAGUAUCAAAGAAUCAAAGAACAAAAGGAAGAAGAGGAAAAAAGUGAAGAAGUCAUCCCUUUUAGAUUACCUCCUGAAUUAGUACAGGCUAGCAUUCAACAAGAGAAACCUUCAAGAACACUUCCAUUAAAAAAAGGAGAUACUGUUAGAUUCAAGAAUGAGUUUAUUCUUGAUACAAAAGGAAUAAAAGUAGGAGAAAAAGAAAAUAAGACAAUAAGAAUAUUAGAAUAUUAUGGGUAUGACGAUAAUGUCUGGAAAGAGUCAUCGAGUGAAGAAGUAAUUACAAUGAAAAAAGAUAAAAAAGAUGAGAUCAUUAAUCAAGAAGAUGAACAAAAAUCUGUUUCAGGUAAAGAAAAUGAAAUAGAAUAUACUUCAAGCCAAGAACAGGAUAGUGAAAGUCAACUUAUUUCAAGCCCUAGUGAUGAGGAUGAAAAAGGAUAUACUUCAAGUCAAAAUGAUGAAUAUGAAAAUCGACUCACUUCGAACCAAGAGUUUGAAGUUGAAAAUAGAGGACUUAGUAGUCCAACUUUUUAUGACAGUGAUGAACAAAGACAAGAAGAAAAAGAAAAUGAAGCUCAAAAUCUAGAUAUAAAUAAAGAAAGACAAAAGAGUCGGGAUAAUUCACUAACAAGUGAUAGCAAUAAUGACAGUUCAACUAAAACUUCUAACGAAAGUGAUUUGUAA